CGAGGAGUAAAGGAGACACCACCAGUUUGCCACCCUCAACGACCGCAAUGAUGCGAACGAACUGCAGGCUGGCGUUGCUGCCGCUUGCGGUGAUCCUGCUGCUGGAGGGCACCGAGGCGCAGUACAAGUACCGCAGACCGCCGCCCCAGCUGAUCGGUGGGCCACCCCCGCCUCUGCCGCCGCCGCCGCAGAUCUACAAAAAAUCCUGGGCGCCCGGACCGCCGAGGCUCGGUCCCGGGGGCGGAGGCCUGCCGCCGUCGAUGAGCGGCAACUCGAUACACAUGGGCGCGCCCAACUUUCUUCACAAGAGGCCGCCGAUCUUCAAGCCGCCCAAUUACAGAUUCCGUCGACCACCGGGCCCACCCGGAUCACCGAUGCCGCCCAUGUUCAACGUGGUGCCGAGCGCCUACAAGCCCAUGCCGGCCAGCAUCAGUGGAUUACUCGGCGGACCAAUGAAUUUCGGCUCGCUCAAUAAGCAAAAACAGCAGCAGCAGCAGCAGCCACAGCCGCAACAACAGCAGCAGCAACAACAACAACCGCAAGUCCAACAACAACAACAUCAGCCGGUAGUUCAGCCGUCGCUGCAACGAGUCAUCGGGCCCAUGAAGGAGCUGCAGUCGAUGGCCAAACUGCCCCAGCAGUACAGCCCCGAGUACCGUCCGGAGAUGUCUAUGCCGUUGCAUCAUCAUCAUCACCAUCAUCAUCGGGCCGGAGUGGACGACGAUCGCGGCCCCAUACACACGAUCCCCGCUCCGAAUCUCGGACCAGCCAGUAAAUCCUUCCAACAGCAGCAGCAGUACCAGCAACAGCAACGGGAGCAGCAGCAGCAGCAACAACAAGAAGAGUCGAUGAAGAGGCCGACGUAUUCCGUCUCGCAAGUCGACUACUCCACGGUUUUCAAUGGUCAAGACGCCAACGUGGAGAGUCAGCGGAUCUCGCCCGGCAGCAGCGUCGGCCAGCUGGUCCAUCAGUACGAGGUGACGGAAUCCAACGAGAUCAAUUCGGCCACCCCGGCCACGUACUUCACGCCGGAUUUCGACUCGGCGGCCCAGUACGCCGCUGUUUUGCAGGAGCAACAGUUGCAGGCUAACGACGUCUACGCGAACCAUCCAUCAUCGUCGCUCUCGCGCUCGUCUCAGCAGCAGCAGCAGCAGCAAGACUCGGACGCGGACUCGAGCGCCUCGAUGAAUCUGCACAGCACGAUGCACGUUGGGGGCGUUAGCAGCAGCAGCAGCGGAGACAGUCAGUCGUCGGGGCAACAGGACUUGCACGUCGGCCAGCCCGUGGCCGGCGGCCCUACCAUAUCGGCCACCAAGCUCUACGAGGUCCUCAACGCUUUCCCCCAGCAGCUUACCGACCAGUACGCGCUCAGCCAGCAGCCCCAGAUCCAGCAGCACCUGCUGCAGCAGCAGCUCACGCAGAUUUUGCAGCAGCAGCAACAGAGCUUGCAGGACGAUACCGACGCCAAGCAGCAGACGAGCUUCUCGCAGCCGAUCCUCCACUCGUUCAAUUACGACGAGCAAGCCGAUAAGCCGAAACAGCAGCGGAAGCAGCAGUCGCAGUCGCAGCAGCAGCAGAGCGUAUUUGUCAAUCAGAACUACGCCUCGGGCCGCGUGAGCGCCGAUUACAGCCUGUCGCCGGACGCCAGCGACGUGCAGGAAGUCGGCGCGAUCGGCGUCGGCGCGGCCGACGCUGGCGCCCAGCCAGAGAACAACAUCGACUACGAAAAAGCCGCCGCGGCCAACUAUUUGGAAGAUAAGGGCUUGACGAGCCAGUUCUACACGACCCUGCCCAACCGAGACGCGGCGGAAACACUGGCCGCUCUCGCCGCAGCCGGAAACGUCAACAGUCAGCUGAUCGGUCAGCUGCGCAAACAGCAGCAGGAGCAGCGCCAAAGACUAAGGGAGCAGCAACAGAAUAAUCAACAGUCGUCGUCAUCGUCGUCGGCAUCGUCGUCGAUGCCCUCCAAUCACAAGGACGAGAGCGAUAAGGAGCAGCAGCAGCAGCACGAGGUGGCGAGCGAAAAACAGAGUUCGAACACGCAGAAGCAGCUGGAGCAUCGGCGAAAAUUGUUCUAUCGGCGCAACAAAAAUCGAAGCGACACCCCACUGUCCGACGAGGGAAAGAAAGAGGAUACCAAGGACGAUGAAAAGUUAUCACUCAGAAUAAUGGUGUCGGACGAGAGCGCGGAAAAAGAUAAUUCCGAGGAGUACGAGUACGAGAGAGACGAGGCUGACAAUUCACGAAAUAACGAGUCGCCGACAGAAGAGACUGAAUUCGGAUCGCGAAUAGCUUAAGAACAAAAAAUGUGAUGCGGAUGAAUUUGAUCAUUAAAUAGCUAGGUUUUUUUUAUUUAAUUACGAUUUCUUCUAUACUCGAGGAGACAUUCGAAAUAAUUUAUUAAUUUUAGCUGUAGAUUUUUAAGUAUCGUUACUCGUUUGAAAUUAUCGCAUAGAUUUUAAGCGAAUUUGGACUCGAUUCGGCCCAAUUAAGUUGUUCUCGUUGAGUAAAUUUAAUGCUAAAGACGCGUCAAACUCUUAAAAGACUAAUAAUUCUGAUAUAAGUCAAGCGCUAGUUAGCCCAUUCAUUCAUUGUCAUUUUUCAUACUCGUUCAUGUUGUAAAAUUUCAUUGUAAUUGCAUAUUGUAUCUAUUCACUUGCACUUUUAUCAUACAUCAUCAUUAGGAAAAUAUGAUUUGAUGAUAUCUAUCCUCUAUUCCAAAUAUAUGUUCAUUGAAAUACUAACCAUCGUGGUGAAACAAUAAAAUUUUCUCACAGUAA